AUGCCCUCCUUAGCAUUGACAAUAUUCCUUCUCGUACUAUUCACACAAAUUAUAUCCUGGGUAGGACAAAGUGUCCUAGAAGACUGCGUAUUCGCACUCUAUAUCCGCCUCAUCUCCCCUGAGCCCUCGAAGCGUCAGGCCCAGCUACGCAAGGAGGUAUUUGCGGAUAAACAGGACCUACUGCGCACGAGUGCCCAGGACGAGUUCGCCAAAUGGGCCAAGCUGAGACGGAAAGUCGACAAAGGACUUUCAGAGCUUGAGAAACUCAACGCAGCGAUCUCGAGCCAGAAAAGCGCCUUCUCACUCAGGUUCAAGGUCAUCCUCUGGCUCCUCACCUCCGCAGCACCGUACAUCCUCACAUUCUACUACCGCCGGGAAGCGGUGUUCUACCUCCCCCCGGGCUUGUUAGGGCCGCUAGAGUGGUGGAUGUCCUUUCCCUGGGCGCCGAAGGGGAGCGUUAGCUGCGCGAUGUGGCAGUUUGCGUGCAGGAGAGCGGUGAAGACCGCUGCAGGGCUGGGGAGGGAGUUGUUUGUGGUUGUCACCCAGAGAACAGCGGGAAUGGCCAUGCCAGGCUCAGGGAAAAUACCGGUACCAGCUGCAGCAGGUCCGAAACCGGAAGGGAAGGAGAAGACGCAGUAGGUCGGGGUGCAGGGUGGGCAGUAGG